AUGGCAAUGGAUCCCCUCCCAAAACCACCCCUUGACUAUGUCAAGAUCAAGACAACACUUCCCGUCUAUCCUCUCCCUCCUAAUAGCGAGCGAAAACCAUUCCAGACAGAACGGUUGACAAUGCGACACAUGACGCAGGACGACUUCAAAUAUGUCCGUGCUGUUCGUACAGAACCCGAAGGCAUGAUCUGGUCAACCCAAGGUCGCCCUGAUAUAGAGAUGGAAGAAACACAAAAGAGUCUCGAUCGUCGUCUACCUCCAAACGAUGUCAAAGGUUACGACUGGCUUAUCUACCUCACCGAGACUGGCGAGUUUGUUGGAAUGGGAGGUUCUUGUGUGUGGUCCGCUGAACUUGGCUGGCCGGCCAUAGGAUAUCAGUUCUUAAAGGCGCAUUGGGGCAAGGGUUACGCUUCCGAGUUUGUCAAAGGCUAUCUCGAUCAUUGGUGGUCGUUGCCAAGGAAUGAGGUUGAAAUCUCGGUGGAUAAGAAUACCACCCUGGGCGAUAGUGAGGUCCAAGACGAGUGCAUCUCGGCCAUGACGUUAGGUGACCAUGUUGCCAGCCAAAAUGUCCUCAAGAAGUCUGGGAUGGAGUUUGCUUCAUCAUGGACGGAACCUGAUGCUAAGGGCCACCUCGAGGGAACCAUCAUACAUGGUUUUUUCGCGCGCAAGGGAAAAGUUGGUAACUCGCAGUGA